AGUCACAAACCAUAAGUCCUCAUCAUUCACUCAAACAUACACAAACAUGGCAGACUACAAACAAUCAAACCUCAACGGAGCCUACUACGGUCCGGCAAUCCCUCCAUCAAGAACUCACAGGAGCGUCGGCCGUGGCGGCUGCGAUUGCUGCUGCUUCCCAUGCUGCCUCAUCACCACUCUCCUCAAGUUCAUCUUCUCCAUCAUCAUCACUGUAGGCAUCAUCGUCCUCAUCCUCUGGCUCAUCCUCCGCCCUAACGAGAUCAAACCCUACGUUGAAACCGCUACCCUCUCCACCUUCAAUCUCUCCACCAACACCAACAACAACUCCACCAACUUCCUCACCUACAACCUCACCAUGGACCUCAGCAUCCGCAACCCCAACAAAAGAAUCAGCUUCUACUAUGAUUACAUUGAAACUCAAGCUUUGUAUGAUGACUCUCGGAUUGGUUUCAAAAUCCUUGACCCGUUUUACCAGGGCAAAAAGAACACCACUGUGUUGCACCCUGAGUUCAGCAGCCGCACAGCUGUGCUUGGUGACUCGGUUGUGACUACUUAUAAUAGAGAGAAGGGUGAGGGUUUCUUUUAUGUGAAUGUUAAGGUUUAUACGAGGAUGAGGUUGAAGGUUUGGGUUUUUAAGAUUCAUGGGUUUAAGCCGGAGUUUGAUUGCUCUUUGAAGCUGCCGGCGCCGACGAGCGGUGGCAGCAGGGGUGUGUCCACCUUUGAGAGGACCAAGUGUGAUGUUCGUUACUUUUAAUGGAUUGAUGUGGUUGCUGGCCUCGGAUGAUCAUUCUUUUAUUUAUUUAUUUAUUUAUAAUUAUUGGAGUGUUGUAUGAGUUUAUAUUGUUUUUGUUUAUGUAAUUUGUUUUUCUUGUAAAUAAAUAAAUAAAAUGUGUUGGUGAUAUAUAUAGGAGAGAUUUGGGAUUUUGUUU